AUGGCAAUCACAGACUCCAAAAAACCUCGGCAGCUCCUCCAACAAUCCGAGAAAAUCCUCCUGCACCCAAUCCACCCACACCUCUUCGCCUACUGCCCAACCAUGGACCUAAUCGCCCUCGUCACCGCCGAGGAAAACCUCGACGUGUACCGGAUCAAUGGCCAACUCGCCUUCAGCCUGCGGAGAAAGAGCGAGGACGUGUGUGUCGACGCGGUGCAGUGGGAAUUUAACGGCAAGAGCGUGGCGGUUGCGUGGAGCGACGGGAGUGUGGAUUUAGUUAGUGCGGAGUCGGGGAAGGUUGUGGGUAAGGAUUUAGUAUUACCGCGGCUGGACGGGGAGGAUGGGGGCGAGAGGGUGAAAGCUAUGGGCUGGGCGCUGAAUUUCAUUGAUCCCGAGAAAGUUAAGAGGAGGACUGGCGAGGGGAAGGAUGUUUUUGGCCAGCCGACCACGGAGGAGUGGGAUGCGUUUGGCGACGACACGUCGGUUGAGGACUUCCUGCAGCGCCAGCCGGAUUUCCAGAAACUCGAUGUUGCCCCAGACCGUCCGGAUUUGCUGGCGAUGAUGGAUUCCCCAGAAAGUAAGAAAGAGCAUAUCGCCUACGUCCCCCUCACACUCAACUUCAUCCCCGCCGCCGGAAUCUACCUACACCUCAUCGCGUCCAAAACCUCCCAACUGCAAAACCUGCUCCUCUACAUAACAACCUCUCUCCAGCGUAUACGCACAUUUUUCAAGCACGCAACCGACCUCCCAUCGAAAUUCAUGCUCAACAUCUCCGAACCCCUCGAGGAAAAAGGUCUCGGCGACCUCGUCACAAAUCUCUUCCACAUCGCCUGCACAGGAAACUGUCCGCCACUCAUCAAAAACUGGCUCGUCGACGAAUUGACCGAAGCUGGGCAUAAGAGAUGGGAUAAUACUGUCACCACAGGCUUAAAUGCCGUCCUAGCGAUUGUCCAUGAGAACCUCGUCCCCGCCAUCGAUCGCUGCAGCAUCAUCAUCUCGCGGCUCCGGGGGCUUGCGGAAUUCCACCGCGACCGCGAGUGGAUUUUCAACACACCGGCUGAUUUCACCGACUUGCUUGAAAGCUUGAAGAAUCUGCGCUUGCUGGCGCACACGGUGAUGCUGUAUGGCGCCGAGGAGAAACGCAAUUUCGCGCACUUCAGCAAGUGGCUGCGCUUCUGUAUUGAUUUCGAAGCCACCGAGGCGGAGAGCCAGAGUCGCGUGGAGAUGGAGGCGCGCGAUCCGGGGGUGGACAUCAUGCUGGUGCUCGAGUAUAUUCAGUUCGGAUUGGUCAAGUCCAGUCUCGCGCCGUAUCUACGGGAAGCGCAUGGGAAAGGGGAGAAGGUCGGGUACGAGGAUACGAAGCGCGCGGUUGAGGUGUUGAAAGAUGGGGGUGGGUAUAGGGAGGACGCGGUGUGUUUGGAGAACGUACUCGGGCAGUUGAGAGAAGGGGUGAAGGGUGUGUUGGGGCAGGUGGGCAGGUGGCAAGAGGGGAAUGUCCGGAUGGAUACGGGCAUCGUCUUAGAAGAAGCCAGCGAUGAGGGUACGCCGUUGGAUAUGCGCAUGGUGGUUGAACCCUCCACACUAUCAACAUACAUCGCCCUCUCCCCGCCCUCCUCAAACGCACUACACAUCCACCGGAUCGCCAAAGACAGCGCGUCACAUGCUAUAUCCACGCUCUCCUUCCCGCGCGCCUCAUCCGUGCUGGAUGCGAAAUUCGCAGACGAUAUGCACCUGCUCGUUCUCCUGCAAACCCCCAUCGACGCCGAGGAGAAAGCAAAUCUCAUCCUGAGCAUACCCUACACGCAAGCCUCGGCCGUGACAUACACGCCCGUGCCAGACUCCGUCCUGGCUUCAACGAUGUUGCCCCAAGGAGCGCGGGCGCCUGACACCGUCCGGACGAAUCACGAUAUAACGACGGACAUGGUGGAGCAGUACACGCGGCAUGUGUUUGAGGGCAGAUUCACGCCGCUCAGGUUAGUUGUGAAUGGGCGCAAGGGCAGGAGGGUGGUUGUGGUGUUGGGCAGUGAUCGGAAGCAUUAUCGCGUGCUGGAUUUGGAUUAUAGGAGGACGGGGAAGAGGGUGGAUGAGAGUAGUGGGAGUGAGGAUGACGGAGAGGAGGAGGAGGAUGAGGAUGUGGAUAUGGGUGGAGCUUGA